CUCAGCCAGACCCGGUUUUGUCAACAUUUUCCGAUUUGCUCCUACACCGGCCGAGAGACCAGCGCCGUGCAGUUGACGACAUUGAAGCUGCCCAAUCCCACUGGACGAUGGGAUAUCGGAUGACCUGAUUGUAUGUGUGUCUGCAUCUGCAUCUGCAUCGCCUCAAAAAUACACGACGUGGACGCGUUCUGCUGUGUUUUUGUUGUCCCUCGUACCGAGCAACAGGGCUCCGCAAGCUCCCCCCAACCAACCGAACCUGGUCCUCUCACGACGGUGUGUAUCUGUGACCGGUGCAGCAGACUCCAAUUUCGCGACCACUCAUACCGCCUGAGAGGAGGCACGAACGCGAACACACUGGGCAUUUGGAAUUUCAUCUGAUUGAUUUCGAAGGCCUCGUCAUGAAGACCCAUUGAGUGACCCUCAACGAACCAACCGCCAACGCGCAAAUACCACACCACAUCCACAUCCACCAUGGUUCGAGUCACAGAAGAGCUGGCUCUGUCGCAAGACGAAGUUACCCUAUACUAUACCACUGACCCGGCCCUGGGACAUCUGCCAGUAUUUGUAUUCCAUGGUCCUUCUACCACCGGCAACUCUACCCAUAACAGCUCCCGAAUACAAGUCCACAUCUUCACAGCUGCCGGUUUCCAAAGCUAUCCACGCAUCACCAUCUCCCCGAAUUCCCCCUUCUACCAGUCUGUAAACCAUCUGCCACGCGAUAAACAAGGAGACGAAAUAUGUCGAGGACUGGCAUUCGGUCUGUUGAAGUACUUCAAGGAGUUACCAGAGACGGUGAAAGGCGGUCUAAUUCUUCAAUCGGCAACCCCUCGAAACAAAAGACCUGGAUCAGCACAAUCGCUAUUUGACGAACCUCAUGCCGCAGCCCUUGCUGGGUCAAUGGUCAAGCUGGAUAAUACUGGAGAUAUUAUAUGUGACCUGCAGUCAGCCUUGCGCCCACAGAGCAUCAAUCAUGUAGACGUCGAUUUAGUCCUGCCUCCAGGCUCGAUUGCCCCGUUUCAAGAGCUAGACAUGGAUGAUAUUAUAGAUGAGGACGAGAUUCAGGAUCCGAAAUUGCAGCAGUACGGCGUGUACGCACCAUUAGUGAAAUUGUUCGGUGAAACGACUUUCCUCCCAACCUCCAGAUUACGCAGAGCCCCAUCCAGGGCUUCCUCUAUAAAUCGAUCGAAAUCGUUUUUGAAGGACCAGAAAAUGUCUCUUCGCAGGGAGAUGGGAGAACUAUCUGAUACAGAAGAACGAUAUGUGAUUAAAAUGCAUGAAUUGGUCAACCAUAUCGCAGAUGACUAUCGCACCAAAGCCAAGACCCGGACAUUUGGAAGUUUCAGUCCCUCGGAAGAAGAUCUACAAAAGCUCUUUCCCCGAUGUCUGGAUCGGAUUUUACAAAUCAACUCGGCAUUUUUAGCCGCCAUUCGUAAAGUCAUGGACGAGACAGAAGAGGAGGCCAUGCGCGACUUGGAAAGUCCAAUUGCCACUUCCACAGGAUCCCGUCAUGGGGGCUCAGGUCGUAUGAAGGAUCCUACUGGGGCACUCGCUUUUGCCAAAGUACUUCUGGAAUGGUUUCCUCAGUUUACCGAAUCCUACCAAGAGUAUAUUCGGGCAAGCCAGGACUUUCCCAAUAUCAUCACGAUUUUUGUAAAACAACAGACGAGCUUUUCUAGACGCGUUCAUGAAACUGGGGAGCAACGCCUCAGGUCUGCUGUAAUUGAACCGGUUCAACGAUUACCACGCUACAGCCUCUUUAUCGAUAAUAUAGUCAAUUAUCUUCCAGUUGGCCACCCUGCUUUACAGCCGAUGCUAAAGGCAAGAGAUAUCAUUACUUCUAUCUGCUCAAUGGACCCACCCACCGCAGAUAACUCGCAAGUCGUUAAUCGGUUGAAGCACAUAAUCGAAUCUUGGCCCACGACAUUAAAACCUCAAGGUCGACUGAUCACUGCGGUUGACUUCGUAGAGCUUUCAGCUCCUUUUCAUGUUGGACCAUCAGGCAACCUCAGAGAAGGAAUGUUCCUCGUUUUCGCAGACGUUGUUGUGGUACUUCGAAAGGCCAGAGAAUGCAGCCUAUCAGCUAGGGGAGUGAUGGCGGAGAUCGACAAGCCUUCGGCAGUUUCAAUGAUGGCCUCGAUGACUGCUGCUGCGGGUGGUCAAAAAAAGGUUUAUGAACUGGGCUUUUCUGGCUGGCACGUUGUGAGCGAUACCCGGUUUACCACAUCUGAAGACGGACGGGGUAUCUGGAUGACUUGUCUUCAGGAAAUUCGGGAUUUUACUGCAACUGUGCAUGACAGAAGAAAUCAGGCAGCUACUAUUCGCAGUUUCUUGCUUCAAGGUGCGUAUGAAGGCAAGGCAGGUAAAUUCACCGAGGAAAUUGCUAGAGCAAAAGUGGAAGGCCGAUUCUCAGAAGCUGAACGAGAAACCGAUAAAUGGUCUCUUCGUACGUCGAAACUACUUGCGGCAGAAAUUAGCUUUCACACCGCUGUUUUCGAGGAAGGCAUCGACACGCUGGUUGAGGGCAGAAAAGAGCCUGCUCCCAUACGCAUUGUGGUUGAUCACGAAAAAGGAACAAAGGGUGCACCGGUUGGUCAUUAUGGGGUCGAGAUUGUUUCCAACGUCAACGUCAUCAAUAAUGGAGCAAAAUAUCGAUUGGAGGUUGGUGGUCUUCACGACAGAGUGUUUGUCGACGAAGUUGUUGCCGAGCACUUCCUGCCAACCUUUGCAAAGAGAGGUAUGCAGACACUCCGUUUUCUACAUUUUGAUCUAACCAAUACUAAUUUGCUUAGCCGUCGACUUCCUUCGCUCACAACAUCAUUGCAGCAAUGCCACUCUCGUUGCUCCAUUUUUGUCGUUCAACACCAAAAUCUUAAGAUCUCUCCAUGUACAGGUAGAGGGCGACAAGAAGAAUUUAAGGCCCGCUUCGCCGGUAAAGUUGAUCUCAAGCUUUCUGAGUGGUGGUUUCAAUAGUUCAACCUCGUCUUUCAAGGAUUCUGGCUCAUCUCACACUUCUCCACUGAGAACACCUCGAACCCCGGGGCUUGGGAAUGUUCCUAUUAUGCAGUUGCCGCAGCUCACAAGGACAGAUAGCAACAGAUCGACACACUCUGUUUCAGAGGUUAUGGACGGAAAAAGUAGUCUUCGCGGAACCAACGGUGACAGUCGCCCCGUAAAUCCACUUGUCCGUCUUGAAGAAACAUUCACCGGUUACAUUUGUGCUCUGCAAUGUCGAAAAGGUAACAUUGUCGGCAAAGUUUUGCGAAGUCGUGCAAAUGCCGAUGAAUUAACAAUAAAUGCCAUCUACAAUACCUUUAUCGAGAACCCCUUUGAUCAAAGAGCAGCUUCAGAAGUAUCCGUUGAUAUCAUUUUUGUGGCUUUUGAAAAAUAUUUAAGGAUGGCUUGGAAAGAUCAAAUGAGUCAAGUCAUGUCAGCACGCACUUUAGAUGGCUUGCAGGACAGGGCUAACAAAUUAUUUUCUGGUGAUUUUGCCGACUACGUUCGAACGAUUCUUGGUGAAAUGGCACCGCAGAAUAGAAGGGCCUUCAUUGCAGUCAUCAAGCUUUUGGCGGAUCUCCUGGAAGGAUGUGGGAAUGAUGGAGAUCGAGGGGCUCUUACCGUGGCCUUCGCUGAACUAUUGGUGACUGACGGUAACCCGCACGAUUACAUCAACUUGCUAGAUCGUAUGGUAGAGGAAUCGGAUAAGCUGUUUGAAGACAUUGGCCCUGGGGCUAUUAAUGGGAACAAUUCAAACUUCGGAUCGCUACGGUCCACUCCUGCCUCGGCUAAUGCUUCGAUCACCUCAAACACAUCUUCAUUCCGACGGCGAUUCGCAGACACAAUUCUUAGACAGAAUAGCACCAAAGAUGAUCGACCCUCCGUAUGGAGAACAUUAAGCAAGACGAAUCGCAGUGUUGCUACUGGGGAGCCCAUCCCCUCGAGCAUAUCUAAGGGGUCUUCCCUCAGCCGUUCAAAAUCCAUAGAAUCACAACACAGGCGUCCAAUGUCUCGGGAUAGAGCCACUGUUCUGGGUGCAUUUGACGACAGACCAUCGAGUUCACAAGGCCAGCCGUCAUCUAGACUCAGUACCAUCGGCGCUUCACCGCCUCCCGAGGAGAAGGAAGACGCUCCCAAAAGCGACAAGAAAAGUCGUCGAAGCUCUCUGUCUGAUUUGAAGAGUCUGAUGGCCGCUGCAACAUUGGGAGAAAGCUCGCCGGUUUCGUCUCCGCCAAACCACGAUAAAGAUGUGAAACUUAACCUAUCACCGAGAACUCCCACGAAGAUUCCUAUUAUGAAUGGUGACAGGGGUAGAUCAGCGGUCUUUCUUACUGGCUCGCCAAAGCAAAAAGAAAAUUCCCCCACCGGAAUUGGUUCUAGGAAUGUGGGAAACCUGACCGAAAUUUCUGGAAAUAUCAUGUAUUCCCCAGACGGCGCUGGGGGCAAAGCCACGUGGUCUCCAGGAAAGUUAAAGGGUCAUUCCAAAUCCAUUUCUCUAUCAUCAAAUAUUCCGACUCUGCGUGCCAAUCGACGAGAAAGCGUCUCUAGACCCGCUACAAGUGGAGGAAAGGCUUCGCCACAGAAACUUCGUCUUCAAAGCACGCAGAAACUCCGUGAGCGGAUCCAUCUCGAAAAGACUGUCAUCAGCGAGGCCGAGACAGAGCUUCAAAACGAGCUCUCCAAAAUCGGUGAAGAAAUGGCUCGUAUUAAUGCCGGAUCUGCUGUCCGCUCUCAAGGUCUUGAGCAGCUCACCGCAGCUGUACAGAACCUCGAGGCGAAGAUCCCGGAAAUUGUACAGGAUUUCACGGCACGCAAUGAAUCCAUCAAAGCGGAUAUGGAAAAGAGUCUUCAAGCCUCCGAGUAUAAAGUCAAAGCUAUCGAUCAACUUUACAAAGAGAGUAGCGCGGAAAACGAGCUCCUGUAUGAAAAGUUCAAUGGCGAAUUGGGGAAGAUUGUUAAGGCGUUGAAGGGAAAGGGCAAGGAUGAUAAAGAAUUUCUUGUGGCGACGGCCAAGGAGCAGGGAGAAGAGGCGGCCAAGAUGAAGAAGGAGAAUGCGAAAUUGAAGAGGGAGAUUUUGACAUUGCGAGCAUUGCUGAAAGGCAAUGAAUGAAGCCCCAAGAAUACUUGGCAAUCAGAGUAUUGUUAGGGGUAUUGAAUGAGUUACGAAAGCAUCGAUAACUCGACGGAUGAUCGAGUCAAUGGAUGGAUGCGACAGGGAAACCUGUUUGUCUUUACAUGCGAAUUGGGGGCGUUCAAGGUUCAUACAUCGGAGCGAGGAAGCGACGGGUUUUUUUUGCCUCCUAAAUUUGAGGGAUUGUGCAUAGGCGCUAGUAUGAGUAAGAUGCCUACUCUGUUGUCUUUUACCGACACUUUAUGAUUUGCAGGGCAAGAAUAUAUGAUUACGGAUUCGGAAGUAGGUCUACAGGUUAGGUGAUGGGGAUGAGCCAAAGGGGACCUUGUAUUAUACCAAAAAUGGGUUCGCGGUGUGCUACCUGAGAUGAACGAACCUGUACUUACUUUACCCAACUAAGGAGUGGUAGAGGAGAAAGGGUUAGAUGUAUACUGCGGCAUGAAUAUCAUGUGGAUGAAGAAGGGUGUCUGUUUAAUUGUGUGGUGUUUCUUCAUGCUUGGAAGUUUGGUCUAAAGUGAAUGCAUGCCUUUUUUGCUCUUCUUGAGAAGACAGAGGCUGGAUAGUGAAUAGGAGGCUGGUAAGAAAUUAAGACUGUUCAAAUCUGUAAUGGUAAUUUAUGUGUCGUUUUCAUAAGUUUGGGAUCUAGUAUACUCUUAGGAUUAGUUUCCGCCUUCUAAUGUAUAUAAGACGGCGGCCUGAAGCUGGACACUGUAACUAUAUCUCAUGUAACAAAAGUCUUUACUACCUAGAUCUGAG